AUGGCAAACGACACCCCCCCUCCCAUCGUCCCCCUCUCCGAACCACCAUGGCUCAACGGCUCGCCAUCGCCAUACUACGACUCGUCCCACCACAGACUCCAGUCCGCCUGCCGCGACUUCAUCGGGCGCAACCUCAACCGCCACGCGCUGGAGUGGGAGACGGCAGAGGACGUCCCCGCCCACGUGUACGCUGAUUUUGCCCGCGGGAACUUCAUCCUGCCUGCUCUGCCUUGUCCCCUGCCGGUCGAGUGGCUUCGCCGCGUGGGCGUCACCCGUAUGCCGGGGGAUAUCCCGGUUGAAGAGUGGACAUCGGUCCACGGCAUGAUUUAUGCAGACGAGAUGAGUCGAGCUGGACUUGCUGGCCCGUCCGGUGCGAUAACGGCCGGAAUGGCAUUCGGCGUCCCGCCCCUGGUGCACUUUGCCAGUCGUCAGCUGCAGGAGAGAUAUCUACCUGAUCUCUUGCUAGGUAAGACGCGAACGUGUAUUGCCAUAACGGAGCCGGAAGCCGGAUCAGAUGUGGCCAACAUCACGACGACGGCGCAGAUAUCCCCCUGCGGCAGGUCUUACGUCGUCAACGGGGCCAAGAAGUGGAUCACGAACGGCAUGUGGGCCGACGUGGCCGUGACGGCGGUGCGCACCGGCGACCCGGACUCCGGGGCGAAGGGCAUCUCCCUGCUCGUCGUCCCCCUCGGCGAGGAUCACAAGGGUGUGUCCCGUCGCCGGAUCAAGGUGGGCGGGCAGGUCUCGGCGGGCACGACGUACAUUGAAUUCGACGACGUGCACGUGCCGCGGGAGAACCUAGUGGGCGAGGAGGGCCAGGGCAUGAGGUACAUCAUGACCAACUUCAACCACGAGCGCAUGUUUAUAUCAGUCGGGGUGACGAGGCAGGCGCGUACAUGGCUGAUUGGCAUGACCCAGACCCUCAUGGACCAACCCGUCGUCCGUCACCGUCUGGCCAAGUGUGCCGCCAUCCUCGAAUCCCAGCAGACCUGGGUGGAGUCGUUUGCCUACCAGCUCGCCCACCUUUCCAAGGCCGAGGCGGACAGGCAGCUGGGCGGCCUGACGGCCCUGUGCAAGGCCAACGCGGGCAUCGUGCUGGAUGAGUGUGCCAGGUGUGCCGUCCUCUUGUUUGGGGGCAACGGCUUCACCCGCUCAGGGCAGGGCGAGAUUGCAGAGAAGAUCUAUCGUGACGUACCCGGUGCCAGGAUCCCAGGUGGUUCCGAAGAUGUUCUCCUCGACCUGGCUAUUCGGCAGAUGGUCAAGAACUUCAGGCAGAAGACGGAACAGACUUCCAAGAACGAUUCUCGGUUAUAA